CAAACGGCGCUUCAUUUGCAGACUUGCUGCUCCUACCGCGGCGUGAUAUGGUCUGAAUUCCGGGCAAACUUGCGCAACUCGUCAGUACCUACCAAAGGACCGUGAGCCAUGCGGAACAGGCAUAGCAUAUCCCAUUCAGAAUAUGCUCGAUAUGCUGCGCGCAAGGGCGGACUGGGUCAUUCGUCACGAAUCAGACUCAAGGUGGAAGUCUCCUCCAAAUGGGCCGGUUGCGUGAAGGGUGUUAACGAGGGCAUGAUGGUGCUUCUGGCUCUCCAUAUCGUGACCCAUUAAGCGCGGCAGAAGCCCACUGACAGUGAAUGGUCCACACAAUGUUGUACAAGUCCUUAGCCGCUGGAGCUAUCGCCUUUGGCUUGCCCACUUUCGCGUCAGCCACCCUAAUCUUUGCUACUUCUAUGGGUACAUCUACGGAUCCUGGAUUUCUUAGCACCAUCAAGUAUGCGGAUGGAAAGCUGGAGGUCAUCAACAAGCAGCUCGGCAUCUGUGGCAAUAACCCUUCAUGGUUGGAAUUUGUCGGCGACCACAUUUACUGCCUCGAUGAGGCUUGGAGCAGCAUAACUGGCUCUCUCUACAACUUUCAGGUCCCCAGAGAUGGCACGAAUCUCACGCUGAUCAACAAGCUCGAUACGCUGGGAGGCCCAGUGAGCAGCGUCCGCUAUGGACAGAAUCUCAAGGGACUGGCUAUUGCCGCCUAUGCGGGAGGGGGUUUUCAGUCGUUCGAUAUCUCGAAUCCCGCCGCCCCCAAGGCUCUCCAAAAUAGUACUUUCACAAUCUCUCCGAAGCCUGGCUCCGACCCUCAGCAAAAAACAUCACAUCCUCAUGAGGUUGUUCUGGACCCUACCGGGAACUUCAUUGCAGCGCCCGAUCUUGGCGCAGAUCUCAUUCGUAUCUUCAAGGUAGACAAGAAUACCUUGAGCUAUGUUGAAUCCAAAACGGUUCCGACACCCGAUCUAUCCGGCCCAAGGCACGGUGCUUUCGUUAAGCUUGACUCCGGAACCUACUUCUACGUUGUCACUGAGCUCUCCAAUGAGAUCAUUGGGUGGAAGGUUACCUAUAACAGCAAUGGUCUUGACCUUGACUUUGGUAAAGAGUUGUUCAUCAUUCCAACACACGGCCCCGGUUCUACGGGUAUCGGAAACACCACUAGAGCUUCAGAACUCGUUAUUUCGCCCGAUAACAAGUUCCUGCUGGUAUCAUCCCGAUUCGAUGAAAAAACAUUUGAUAUUCCUGACCCGGAGGACAAUGCGGCGGGACGGAUCAAGUCAGACUCCAUCAUCAACUACGCCAUUGAGGCAGACGGCACCCUCAGCCUUCACCAGAUUUUCGCUGCGGGAGGUAUCAACCCGCGCCAGUUCUCCCUCAGCAAAGACGGCUCCCUCGUCGUGUCCGCGUUGCAAAAUUCCGGCCAUGUUGCGCUCAUCAAGCGUAACGUUCAAACUGGAAAUCUAACGGAAUUCAUCGGCGCUGUCCAUCUCGGUGGACAGCCCACCUUUGCCAAGCUCAAGGAGGAUACGAAAUGCGCCUAGAUCAGGAAGUGAACUGGUCUUUGGUUCGAAAAGGGAUGCCCGUGCCGAUUAUUUUUUUUUUUUUUUCUUUUUCACUGAAGACGUGAAGAAGGGAAAGAAUGGAAUGAGAGAAGCAUGGCGUUGCGGAAGGGGGUACUCUGCGUAAGGGAAAAGGAAAGUUUCGUACUUGCGCCCAGAUAGGUAUGCCACAUAUUUUUCAGGCUGGAUUUCCCAAGAAUGCUACCUAGCGUACUUGAAUAGUGAGAAUGGGAAAACGAAUUUCAGAAAACCAUAGAUAUUCAGAUCUCA